AUGCGCCGCUACUCCGGCUUCGAGCAUGAGCGCGUUUUGUUGUAUCACAGCCGCAUGCAGCACAUCGUCGGGCACUGCGACCCGACGCCCGAAAUCAAGUCGACGCGCCAGAGCGGCGACCCGCUGGCUGCGCUGGACGGCCAGAAGCCAAAGCCCCCGGUCUGGACGCUCUGCUCGCCCAAGUACAAGUUCAAACGGGCAGCUUCAUUAGUUGCCGCGCAGCAACGACAGCGGCCGUCGAGCGCGCCAGCAAGACGGACGACGGCCUUCGGCACGCUCGUCGCACCAUCAUCGCCAGCCAGAAGGCCGGGCUUGCAGAUGGCGGACGUCGCCCAGCACGCGCAGCUGCGCAAAGAGCAGCGCAAGGAGCAGAUGGCGCGGCAGUUCGCCCAGGCCGUCUCGAAGAAGUCGGUGCACGCAGUGGCCAAGCGCCUGGCCUUUGCGCAGGUGCAGAAGGUCGAGCGGCAGAAGGCGUUCACGCACAAGUUCGUGCAGAAGCAACAUCGGAAGAUGGAGGCUGCGAAGCCGCCGCAGUGGGUGCGCAAAUUUCAAUGUGGCGUCUGGUUUUGGGUCGACCAGAAUACGGGCGAGGCACGCGCGGCGCCGCCGCCUGAAAUCAAAGAAGACGAAGCGUCGAGCGUCGGCCUGUGCAAGAAAUGGCACGCGGAGGAGCGUCAUCGUAACUCUACACGCCGCAGAAUCCGCAAGUACUUCGACGACGAGACGCUGGGCGGCCUGGACGAUGACGCGUCGGUGGACUCGACGAUCCCGCUGGGCACGGGCUACGUGGCCUACGAGCCGUCGCCCUACGAGGAGCUGUGCGCGUUGCUCGACCAGGGCAAGCUGCCGCGGCCGAAGAGCGCUCCGGCGGGCGGUCGCCGGCCGGCGGUCGCAGACGCUACGGCCAAGACACGGGGCGAGACCCGGACCAAGGCGCGGAGCGAGAGCCGGACGAAGGCGCGGGCCGAGAGUCGGACCAAGGCGCGGGCCGAGACCCGGACGGUGCUGGGGGUCACUCCGCGGAGGCAGCGCUUACUCGAGGAUGCGGCCGCGUCCGGCCGCCUCUCGCCAUCGCGGUGA